AUUUAAAUCGGCCACAGUAAAAGAAUGCAUCCAUGCUAUACUGAAGGAGAAACUGGCCAAUGUACAGUACAUCCCAGAAGAAAUGCCUCAGCUUACAAAGUCUUUAUCAGAGAUAAUAAAAGACAGACUGAAAGAGGAGGGAUUUGACAGGUACAAAAUGGUGGUGCAGGUUGUGAUUGGAGAGCAGAGAGGAGAAGGAGUGAAUAUGGCUGCGCGAUGUUUCUGGGAUGCUGACACCGACAGCUAUGCUCACGAUGUGUUCAUGAAUGACAGUCUUUUUUGUGUGGUGGCUGCGUUUGGCUGCUUCUACUAUUGAAGGUGGUAAACGUUGCACAGGAGGACAGAGGUGGGGGAGAACGCUUUAGUGUAUUUUUUUUU